GGCUGCACGGUUUGUGAUGCAGAUAUAUCUUCCUUCGUCCCCGCUCUUCAAUUCUACACCACAUCGGUUUCACUCCCUAGUCUCAACUUGACAGCAUUGUCGUGAUACAUCGUUAAUCAUCAUGGGCCUACUCACACUUGUCGAGGACAGGCCAACGCCCAAGGCUGUCUACAACUGGAGGGUGUAUACCUGCGCCGCCAUUGCCUCUUUUGCAUCAUGCAUGAUCGGUUAUGACUCUGCGUUCAUUGGCACGACACUGGCACUCCCUGCUUUCACGAAAGAGUUCGGCUUUGCGAAGCUGUCGACCAGCGAGCUUGCUCUUGUUAAGGCGAACAUAGUCUCUGUCUACCAAGCAGGUGCCUUCUUCGGUUCCAUCUUCGCCUACGCAUCAGCAUACUUUCUCGGCCGUAAGCGCAGCCUAUGGCUCUGGUCAGUCAUCUUCAUCCUUGGUGCGGGAAUCAUGCUCGACGCCAGUGGCGCACACGGCCUCGGCCCCAUUUACGCUGGACGUGUCCUUGCUGGCAUGGGUGUUGGUGGAUGUUCUAUGAUCGUUCCUAUCUACAUAUCCGAGCUCAGCCCGCCCGCCGUUCGUGGUAGACUCGUCGGUAUUUACGAGCUUGGUUGGCAGAUUGGCGGCCUCGUCGGCUUUUGGAUCAACUACGGCCUUUCGGAGACAAUGAAGCCCAGUCACAGGCAGUGGCUUAUACCGUUCGCCGUUCAGCUCAUUCCAGCUGGUCUGCUCUUCAUUGGCGCCAUAUGGCUGCGAGAGUCGCCGCGUUGGCUGUUAUCCAAGAACAGGAGACAAGAAGCACUGAAGAACCUAAGCUGGAUUCGCAACCUCGAGGCAGAUGACUUGUAUAUCGUUGAGGAGGUCGCCUUCAUGGACCUUGCCCUCGAAGAGCAAGCUGCAACCAUUGGCAUCGGGUUCUGGAAGCCAUUCAAGGCCGUUGGCAGCAGUCGUGCAGUACAAUGGCGCUUCUUCCUCGGUGGCAUGCUUUUCCUAUGGCAGAAUGGUAGCGGCAUCAAUGCUAUCAACUACUACUCUCCUACUGUGUUCAGGUCGAUCGGUAUCGUUGGCACCAACACAAGCUUCUUCACUACCGGCCUCUUUGGCGUGGUAAAGACGGCACUCACCCUCGUCUGGCUCUUCUUCCUCAUCGACCGACUCGGCCGUCGUAACCUGCUCAUGAUUGGUGCUGCGGGAGGGAGUGUUUGCAUGUGGAUAAUUGGCGGCUACAUUAACGCCACCAACGUUGCAACGCACAAGACCACCCGCCUCGGACCUGGAGGCGUUGCAGCAGUGUUCUUCUUCUACCUCUGGACUGCUUUCUACACACCUUCAUGGAAUGGAACGCCAUGGGUGCUUAACAGCGAGAUGUUCGAUCAGAAUACUCGCAGCUUGGGUCAGGCAAACGCUGCAGCGAACAACUGGUUUUGGAACUUCAUCAUCUCCCGAUUCACGCCGCAGAUGUUUAAUACGAUGGGUCCAUCGGGCUGUGGCGUGUAUUACUUCUUCGCAUCGAUGAUGAUCCUUUCGAUUCCGUUCGUUUAUUUCCUUGUUCCGGAGACCAAAGGUAUCCCACUUGAGUCGAUGGACCGUCUCUUCCAGGUCAAGCCUGUUCGCAAGGCGCAUAGACAAAUUCAUGAGGAAGACAUGGCCCGAGAGGAAGAGUUCCGCCAUGAUGCGGAGGGUGCUGGGCUCAGCGUCGCAAAGGAGAAGCUCGAGCAUCAUGAGAAGGUAUGAAGAACAAAGGAUGAUUUGUAUAUACGGCGUGGAUUGUACAACUUCUGCAACAGAUAACCCGUUCACUGCCUGCUACAACGGGUGAUCCGUCUCCUGCCACCGCCUAAUGCAUGUUCUAUGUCAACAGGAACUUCAUAUAAAGACCAUGGCUAUGGAUUUAGAUAUCCACUGCAUUCCCAGAUGCUAUUGCUCGCUUGAUAGCGUCGCAGACGACUA